AUGGAGAGGGUGCCACCGCCAAAGCAAUCUGGAACAGCUGCCAAGAAGAGCCGCGAGAAGAAACGGUCCCGCCGCAACCGUCGUCGCCCUUCAAACCUGAACCGGGAGUACGCAAAGCGGUCCGCUCACAAGACGUGGCUGCACACCCACAUCUGGCACACGAAGCGGUUCAAGAUGGAGGCCUUGUGGGGAUGGCGCAUUCCCGUGCACGCAAACGAAAAGUCUGUUCGCGCCAACUACCGCUGGGUCAAAGGCGCCCACUGCACCAUGGCAGACAUGUCCUAUUACAGCUGCUUCCAGCUCACGGGCGCCCGCAGCGCUGUUCGCGCCGCCCUGGGCGCCUGCCUCCCAUAUCCACACCGCAUCUUCGACGGACGAGAGCACCACCGCCUCAUCACCCGCGUGCAGGCAGCAGGAGCAGCAGACAACACGGCCAGCACUGGCACAGCUGACGACAACAAGGCAACUGCAGGCGCACACAAGCACGGCGAGCUCAUUGGUGUCGUCUCUGUCAUCGCCACCCCAUGGGCCCCAGCACCACCAACCGCAGAAGCAUCAUCGUCGUCGUUGUCGUCGUCGUUGUCGUCGUUGUCGAGUGAUUCCGAGUGCUCUGUGUGGGUUUGGGCGCAUCCGUCCAUUGCGGUGGACGUACACACCGCCAUUACCACCGCAGCAACAGCCACAUCAACAACAGCAGCAGCAACAACAGCAGCAGCAACAACAGCAGCAGCAACAACAGCAGCAGCGCAGCACGGAGCCACCACCACUCCAAGCACCAGCACCACCUCGACUGGCGGGAGGGUGAAGGUGGAGGACAUGAGCGGAGAGUUGUGCCGGUUUCGCUUGGUUGGCGGUGCAUCGCACGCGCUUCUUGUGCGCGCACUGCACGUUGCUGUUGAUGGCGAGGAGGUGCAGGCACAGGACGACGGCAACAGCACUGAUAAUGGUGACGGUGAUGAUGGAGACAGGGGAGUUGUGAAAGACAAAGACGACACGGGAGAAGGUAUCGUGGAAGAUGGCGGUGGUGGUGGUGAGUGUGUCCAUGAUGGCAAUGAUGACGAUCAUGAUAACGACGAUGAUACUGCUGGUGGUGGUGGUGGUGGUUCUGAAGGUGUGCGGCAGAUGAACACCUCACUGGAUGAUGGCAGGGCCGAUGUUGCUGGUGUUGAUGCUGGUACACUGCGCACCCGCAGCGAUACAGCGGUGUGGCAAUCCCUGCGUGGCAUGCGCGACCCGAGCCAGCUGUCGGCGGGCGCUGCGCUGUGUCUGACCGUGUGGGACCCGCGUCUUCGCUCCCCGUCAUCCAUCCACCCGCCAGACCAGCACGCCGUUCACACACAGGACACCGAUGGUGACACGCAGGCAUGCCUGUUAGAGUGGAUCACAACAUCCACGGCCUCUCCGCUGUGGUCCCCCACCGCCCGCGCAGCUAUCAACACAUCCAAGCUCCCGCAGAAGAUGCUCGACAGGCGCCGCAGCCGCGUUGUUGGCCGCGUUGGGGGCGACCUCCCACCCACUACGAAGGACUCGCUCCUCCCACUCCUCCUCAUCCAGCGACCAGGCAGCACAGCCUCAAGGCGCGCGUCCGUGUUUGCGGGCCCCGGGAGCGGGUAUGCGUGCGGAUGGGACGUGGUGCUGCCGUCGGCGUGGGCGCGGGAGGUGUGGCACUGCCUCGUCCACGCCGGCGCAAAGACGUGCGGCCUCCGUGAUGUCAGACAGCACGCAACAGAGCAGGGCAUGCUCGGGUUUCCGUUUGACUUUGUUGGCACGCGUGCACAGCACUUGUGGCGUGCCCACACCAGCACCCAGGACCUGAGCAGGUGCGAGUCUGCCGGUUGUGUCACCGAGGUGCAGGCUGCUGGGCGCGGGCGACUGGACUGCCGCACGGCGCUGUUCGUGCCGGCUGCGGGCGAUAUCGAGGUCGCCGCCACAAACCCGCUGCUCCUGGAGUCUUCUGCUGCACUCAAGGGAAAGGGCGUGUUCGACUUUGAAUUUCGCGGCGUUGCCGGCGGGCUGACGAGCGGAGGAUUCUGCCACUCGCGCGCACGUGAAUACGGGCUUGGCUUCGUCACGGUGGCGGCCCUUGGCGAGUGCAUACGCGUGACGCAGCAGCUCAGGGAUACGCUUGGCGCACCGCCGGGCGUGCCAUCACAGCAAACACGGCGACGCAAGAGGCAACAACAACAACAGCAGCAGCCGCGUGGCGAUGGUGCAAGUGGGGUGGUUGCUGCGACUGGUACUGGCACACCACACCCUGAGAAGAGACAAGCGGGAUGGCGUGGCAAGAAGCGCGCACUGCUGCAGCAUCCACGGUUUGACAACACGUUCUUGGCGCUCUCCAAGCAUGCGGACACGCGCUCGUUUCGCGUUGUUCAUCUUCGUGUCGUCGACACGCACUGGCUCGAGAGCUGA